ACUACUUGGAACGACAAAUAGUUAAAAUAUAUUGAAAUUGUGCAAAAUUAUCCAGUAAAAGUAAAACUCAAUUGAAACAUGCAGAUAUUUUGAUUGGGAAUGAAAUUCUGUUGUUUGUUUACUGUGAAAAAAGAUAAAAUAUAAGCUGAUAACCUAAAACAAUCAGGAUGUUUCGAUUCAUCCUCCUGCUGACCGCUGUGGCGUCAUGCUUUGCAUACAAGGACCCUCAAUUUGCAAGCGGCCGAACCACAAUGGUGCACCUUUUUGAGUGGAAAUGGGAUGACAUCGCCGCUGAGUGUGAAAGGUUCCUUGGUCCUAAAGGAUUCGGUGGUAUUCAGAAAAAGAAAAAUAUAUUGGCGCAUCUCUUUGGUAAACUUGAAGACAAAAUUGCUGCUAAAUGUAAGAAGCUCCUUCAAAAAGGUAAUCAAAAACAGCACUUAAAAGGUAAUCAAGAACAGCAUCAAAAAGGUAAUCAAGAACAGCACCAAAAAGGUGAUCAAGCAAACGACCAAAAGGGUAAACAAGAAAAUCAUCAAAAAGAUAAUCAGCAACAGCACCUAAAAGGUGAUCAAGCAAACGACCAAAAGGGUAAACAAGAAAAUCAUCAAAAAGAUAAUCAACAACAGCACCUAAAAGGUGAUCAAGAAAACGAUCAAAAAGGUAAUCAACAACAGCACCUUAUAGGUGAUCAAGAAAACGAUCAAAAAGGUAAUCAAGAACUGCAUCAAAAUAAAACUGUUGAAAUUAAGCCCCACAAGAACCCACAUUUUGCAAAAGGCCGGACAGCUAUAGUAAAUCUUUUUGAAUGGAAAUGGAAUGACACUGCAGAAGAAUGUGAAAGAUUUCUAGCUCCUAGAGGAUUUGGUGGUGUCCAGAUUUCCCCUCCCAACGAGAAUUUGGUGAUAUGGUCCAGGAACCGUCCGUGGUGGGAGCGCUACCAGCCGAUGUCAUAUCGUCUUGUUACCCGCUCCGGGAACGAACAACAGUUUGCUAACAUGGUACGAAGAUGCAACAACGUUGGUGUGAGGAUCUACGUAGACGCUAUCAUCAACCACAUGACCGGAACUUGGAACGAGAACGUGGGCACUGGUGGCAGCACUGCCAACUUCGGCAACUGGGACUACCCAGGAGUACCAUACUCAAGAAACGAUUUCAACUGGCCCCAGUGUGAGAUUCAGGGAAGCGACUAUGGCAACAACGCUGAAAGGGUACGCAAUUGUGAGCUGUCGGGUCUCAAAGAUUUAAAUCAAGGAACUGAAUAUGUCCGUAAUAUGAUCGUUAAUUAUAUGAAUCAUUUGAUUGAUCUGGGUGUCGCUGGAUUCAGAAUUGACGCCGCAAAACACAUGUGGCCUGGUGACUUACGCGUCAUCUACGACAGGCUUCGAAACCUUGACCCAAGCCAUGGUUUCGCAUCUGGAGCCCGACCCUACAUUUACCAGGAAGUUAUUGAUCUUGGCGGUGAAGUGAUUAGCAGGGAUGAAUACACGCCCCUGGCAGCCGUUACUGAGUUUAAAUUUGGAAUGGAACUAAGUCGUGCUUUCACUAGUGGAAAUCAACUGAGAUGGCUUAUAAACUGGGGUCCAAGCUGGGGGCUUCUGGUAUCGGGAGAUGCCCUGACCUUCAUCGAUAACCACGACAACCAGCGAGGCCACGGCGCUGGUGGAAACAUCCUCACCUACAAACAGUCCAGGCCGUAUAAGGCAGCUAUUGCUUUCAUGUUGGCCCAUCCAUAUGGAGUUCCCCAGCUGAUGAGCAGCUUUGACUUCCACGACACGGAAGCUGGCCCUCCGAUGGACUCCAGUGGCAAUAUCGUGUCACCAUCCAUUAACUCCGAUAACACAUGCGGCAACGGAUGGAUCUGCGAGCAUCGCUGGCGUCAAAUCUUCCAAAUGGUAGCAUUCAGAAACGUGGCUGGAAGCACCGGUAUUAACGAUUGGUGGGACAAUGGUAGCAACCAGAUCGCUUUCUGCCGCGGCGGUCAAGCAUUCAUCGCUUUUAACAACGACAACUGGGAUCUUAACCAGACUUUACAGACUUGCCUGCCUGCUGGUAAUUACUGUGACGUCAUAUCGGGAGAGAAGCAAGGCAGCGGAUGUUCUGGCAAAGUGGUGACAGUCGGUAGCGAUGGCCGCGCACACAUCAGCAUUGGUGCCAACGAAUAUGACAUGAUGCUUGCUAUUCAUCAGGGCAGUGAGUCGAGAUUGUGAGGCGGUUCUGAAGAAAAUAAUAUAUUCAUUAGUGACUGUUUCUUCAUCACACUUUGUAAAUAAACAAUAAUAAUAAACUGUUAAGUUAAUUAUAAA